AUCAUCAUUCAUAGAAAAUCUUCAGUAAAUAAAACUAAAUAAUGCAUCAUAAUGCCGAACCAAGCAAUUCCCUACAUGAAAUAAAGGGAUCUGCAUCUUCUAAUCUUUUACAAUCUUCCUCGUUAUGUAUUUUUGAGGAGGAGGAGAGCGCCAAUUACAUUGGUGAACCCAAACUGAUUGCGAUAAUAGGAGAUGAGGAUACUUGUGUGGGAUUUGUUAUAGCUGGUAUAGGUGAAUUAGACAAACAUAACACGCCAAAUUAUUACGUGGUAGAUGAGAAAACUGACCAUUUCGAGUUGGAGCUCGCAUUUCUAGAUAUCCUUGAGCGGUCAGAUAUCGGCUUAGUCUUGAUUACAAGAGAAGCUGCUGACAAAAUCCCAACUAUUAUCAAUCGGCAUUGUGGUUUAGAACCAACAGUUAUGGUUAUACCCGGUCAUAAUGGGCCUUACGAAUUCGAAAUGCCGCUGGCAGUGAAAUACAUCGAAGAGAAAAAAAUGGCUUCACAUUCUACUUUAAGAGGAUCCGUGACAUCGGCUAGUAACGCUUCGCUGAAGACCAUUGAUUCCCUGGGCGGAUCAUUGGGGAAAAAAGUCUCCACUCAUUCGAUAAGAUCAAGCUUGUCAUGUAAAUCUUUGAAAAUGUAAUUUCCACCUUGCAGAUUACAAAUAAAAUACAACAUGACAUGAUUCUCCGAAUUUAGAUUGAAAAUAGGUCAACAUACUCGUCUUUUUAUCUCAAGGAAACCCCAUUAAAAAAAAUUUAACGUUGAUGAACAAUCAUUUCAAAAACUAAUUGUGCUUGCAUUUGCUUCGAUUUAGUACUGACAAGUAUCAUCGUAUCAGUCUAGAGCUGAUAACAUUUUCUGCAGUAUCAAACAUAGAACUGUUCACCAGUGAGAUGACAUUAUUCAUCCUGAAAUAUGCUCCUUUUGCUUUCCACUCAUAAACGAAUAUCAUCAAUGCUUUUUCCAUUAAAAUGGUAUCCAUCCAUGCCGACAGAGAAAAAAAAAACAGAAAGAAAACCGCAUUUGUAGAAGAAACCUAGGAUUAUAAAACGCUAUGGAGCUGACUAUGAUGAUGAUGAUUGAAACCAUUAAUCAUCAAUUCAAUUUUAUUUCAUUCAUCGGUUUCAGUUGAGAAUAAACUUUCAAUAAUUACGAUCUCUUAUCGCAAAAGACACUCCAUAAAGGAAACCAA